UCCUGCCGCGCCUGCGCCCGGCCUUCUCCCUGGCGUGUCCGCUGCAGCAGGGCCACUGGGCGCUCUCCUCGCGCCGCCCGCUCUACCCGCCCUCCUGCCCCUUCCUCCGAGACGACUUCAACUGCGCCAAGUUCGGCCUAUCAGCGCGUGACACGUGGCGCUGGGAGCCGUCGCAGUGCCAGGUGGCGGAGUUCUCAGCGGGGGCGUGGCUGCGGGGCAUGGCGGGGCGGCGAGUGGCGUAUGUGGGCGACAAGGCCGUGGCCAACGCCUUUGACUCGCUGCUCUGCAUGCUCGCCCAGGCCGACUCCCCCACGCCCCUCUCUCCCUCCUCGCCCCACCGUGCUCUCUCCGCACUCAGCGACCCUCCCGUGCCUGCCACGCACGCGAGGAGGGGACUUGGUGGCAGCGGCGGGAGGAGCGACUCGCAGGCUGGUAGCGGCGGCAGGCAGGGGGAGAGCGUGAGGGCCGCUGCUGAUGGGCGCGUGUUCAUUGGCGCCCUCGACGCCCCCGGUGCUGCCCCCUAUGACCCCCCUGCCGUCCCGUAUGCCCCCCCUGUCACCCCGGAUGCCCUGCCUGCCGCCUCAGAUGCCCCCCCUGCUGCCCUGCAUGCAGACCUUGCUGCCACUCCAAGCGCAGCACUGCACGCGGGGACGAGGGGCAGAGGGGGCGCAGGCAGUGAUGUGAGGCGGGGCGGGGCGAGGCACAGCGAUGGCGGGUGGGGCUGGAACCCCAUCAGGUGGGGCGCGUGGACAAGGCAGGGCAGCAGGCAGCACGUGGGAAGUGCUGAUGAUGCCAGCAGUAGAGGCGACGCCGCAGGCGCCAGCAGCGCCACCAGCCACGGUGGCUCCUCCCCUGCUGCUGCAGCAUCGGUGUCGUCUGGCCUGUUUGACAUGCAGCCGCUGCACUACUGGUUUCCGCGCUACAACUUCACUCUCGCGCUGCUGCCCUCGCCCUUCCUUGUCCGGACGUCCCUGCACGCGCCAGUCAACACCACUCUCUGCCAGCUGCAACGCGCUGCUGCCGCCACGCCACUCAACACCUCUUCUGCUCUCAACAGCACUACCACCACCACCAGCACCACCACCAGCGGGGCACCUGCAAGUGGGGCGGCAGAGCAUGCAGCAGCCGCGUCUUCAACCAAAGCAAGCAGCGGCAAGGAGGAGGGGCUGACAGGCGGCGAUGCGUGCUACCCGAACCGCAUGUAUGUGGAUGAGCCCGACCCCGCAUGGGCGGAGCAGGCAGCACAGUUCGACGUGCUGGUGCUGGCAUCGGGGCGCAGCUGGACGGAGGAGGCGGUGGAGACCAACGGGCUCAGCAUCGUGGCGGGCGGGGUGCGGCGCAGUGAGCUCAGUGUGGAGGGGCUGGUGGGGCAGUGGGCGUACCCUCUUGCCAUGGCGGCCGUGGCGUCGUGGCUGGGCAACGCGUCGCACUUCAAUGGCACUGCUGUGUUCCGCUCCUUCAGCCCCACCCACCCGCGCAAGGAGUGCGCCGCCCGCACCUUCCUCCCCGAUGCUGAGCAUGCAGCGGACGUGAUGGAGGAGGCACGGCGCUACGAUGAUGCCGUGGCGCAUGCCAUCGCCAUGGCUCAGGACAGCACCCACACCUCCACCACCACCACCACUGCAGCAGCGGGUGCAGCACCAGGGGCGUGGGCGGCGGUGGGGCAUGGGGGUCCGAGGCUGCACUGGAUGAACGUGUCGCUGUUGACAGCACAGCGCGCUGAUGCCCACCCAUGGAUGGCAUCGCCUGGCCGCCCCACAGCGGACUGCACCAGCUGGUGCCUGCCAGGCGUGCCCGACACGUGGAACGAGCUGCUCACUGCCACGCUGCUUAAACUGUUCGAACGCCACUGA